AUGAGCCUGGCCUUUGAAUCUCCCACACGAGGAAAUGGAGCGAAUGACGCAUAUUUCACUCCUUUAAACAUGCCUUCCAUCAUGCCCCAAUCCACAUCACAGGAGGAAGCAUCCAACAGCACAAACUCUACUGCAAACACACCCUACUACACUGCUCCUAUCAACCCUUCGCUCCACCAAGACUUUUUGAAUGCCAUUCAGGCUCGCCAUGCUACGCAACCCACUGUAUUGACCAGCCCAUCCGCUGAAAGAUCUUCUCCCAUGGGCAGCGGAUUCAACUUGAACAUGGGUUCGCUUGCCAACAGAAGACAACAGCCUACACCCAACGCAACCAACAGUCCAUUGCAAGCUUUGGAAGCACCUCGAUUGAACCAAAUGUUGGACAAAUACAGAAACACUAACGGCCUGCUAGUUCUGGAUGUGCGCUCAUUUGUGCAGUACUCGCAUUCUAGAAUACGUGGUUCCAUUAAUGUCUCUAUACCAAACACCAUUCUCAAGCGACCUACGUUUACUCUCGACAAGGUAUACGAAGCUAUUGUGCAGGACCAUGCCCGCGAAAGACUGAGAUCUUGGGAGACGGCUGAGAGUAUCGUAUUCUACGACCAGCAAUCACUGCGUUUGCUCGAAAAUAGUGCAUCUGCUUAUUUAGGUGCUAAAUUGAUCCGAGCAGGUUUUAAAGGUCAAUUAUAUUAUCUAAAAGGUGGCUUUGAUGCGUUCUCGCCUGCAUUCAAAGAUAGCUGUGAAUCCAAUGCAACAUCUCCACAACCACCCAAUUCCAACUUUGGUCCUCCUACUAUUGGUGGUGAAAGCUUCUCCCUCAAUUUGCCCCAGAAGGGCGCUCGACCCAAGCUUCGAUUGAGCAACAUGCCUGCUGCUGCCCCUUCUUUAGGUCCAUUUACCGCUCCCAUGCCUCAGUUUGAAAACCAAGCAUUCAACCCAUUCUUCUCCAACAUCCGUCAAAACAUGGAGCUGUCACAUGGCCCCAUCCGAGAACGAUUUCCUAUUAGAUUGCCAUCCAAGUGUAACGUAGAUCCCAAUAACAAGGGCCAAGUUGAAUUGGUCGAUACCAUGCCACGCUGUGUUGCAGGAGCUCACAUGAGUGAUAAUGGCUUUAAAGGCCCGGAAUGGUUGCAGUGCACUGUCAAGGAAGAUGGCGCUCAAAUUCUGGCUGAAACGUAUGAAAAACUCGAAAGAACAGAGCAAAGAAGACUCCAAAACAUCAUGCAUUUUCACUCUAAACACACAGAUAACCCUGCAGAGUAUCCAUUUAGUAUCGUUGCUGGUAUUGAAAUGGGCGCUCUGAAUAGAUACACCAACAUUUGGCCUUUUGAGUACACGCGAGUCAAAAUUAGAGAUCACAAAGUUUCAGAUUAUAUUAACGCCAGUUAUGUGCAGUACAUUGACAGCGACGAAUCGGUGAGCGAUGCUAGACCGGAGCAGCUCAACACACAGUGUGUCAAAAUCAUGAAAGAGUGCCCUGCACAGAACACACAGCCCUUCCGUCGCUACAUCUCAACACAAGGUCCAUUACCCGCAACUUUCAAUGAUUUUUGGCAAGUAGUUUGGGAACAAAACUCCCGUGUGUUGGUCAUGCUUACUAAGGAGGAGGAGAUGAACAAGAUCAAAUGCCACCGUUACUGGCCAUCUCAAAUCAACUCACCUACUCAAUACGGCGACCUAAGUAUCACACUUGUCAACGAAACCAUUCAGCAAAUCGACAAACACAAUUUGCCAGAAGCGCUUCAUGAGGAUGAUGUUGUCAUCGUUCGACAGUUGUCCAUCACCAAGGGUUCAGUAAAUAGACAAGUGACACAUUUGCAAUACACUGGUUGGAUGGAUUUCGGUGUCCCUGACAACCCAUUAGGCACACUUCAAAUCAUCCAAAUGGCUGAUUCAGCACAAGCCAAAUACGCCCAGCAAGAUGCUGCUGGGCCCAUGAUUGUGCAUUGCUCAGCAGGCUGUGGUAGAUCUGGUGCGUUCUGCGCCAUCGAUACUGUUCUCUAUCGUCUGAGAAACAUGAAAUCUAGCAGCAGCGACCAUGAUAUUCUACUGCAAACCAUCUCUAGAUUCAGAGAACAGAGGUUAAGUAUGGUACAGACCCUGCGACAGUUUGUGUUUUGUUACGAGGCUAUUUGGUGGUGGUUUCUCGGGUACGGCGUAGCGGAUGACUCUGAAAAUGUCGACAAUAUGGAUACCUCAUCAUAG